UAAGCAUUAAAUAUAAAAUAAUUUUAACUUAAUAUUCUAAUAUAAUUAAAUUUUGAACUUGCAAUCGUUAUCAAAUGCAAUUCAUCUAAUAUCAACAAAAACAAGCUUUUUAUUGACUUUAAUAGUUAUCAAAUUAGUUUUCUUUCGUAUUUCAAUGAAUAAAUUUCGCAAUCCUCUUUCUAUAAGACUAACCUUAAAAAAUGUCUACUUUCAAUAAUUUAAUAAUAAUUUAAACAAUGUAUACUGUACAUGGGCACAUACAAAAAUUUCUGUCACACGCUAAUUCGAUUGUUAAGUUACGAGAGAGAUAUAAGCUAUACAAGUUUAUGCACCGAUACAAUAGGUGUAGGUACAGUGAAGACUGUGUUUUCCUAUUGCACUUUUACUUUGUAUCCUGUUCAUACCUGUUGCUAUAGUUAUACAGCAUCGAUUAUCCUGUAGCAUACGCUACGAGUGGAAGAUCUCAACUAUAGAAGACUAAAUAUGCAUUCCGUAAAAUUAUCAUCUGGUCAUGAUAUGCCUACUGUAGGUUUAGGGACAUGGCAGGCUCAACCUGAAGAAAUGGAAGCUGUUGUUGCGACUGCUUUGGAGUGUGGUUACAGACAUAUUGAUACUGCAUUUAAUUAUAAAAACGAAGAAGCGAUUGGAAAAAGCUUAAAAAAUUGGUUUGACAAAGGAGGUAAACGUGAAGAACUUUUUGUUACGUCAAAGUUACCCCAUUAUGGAAAUCGACCAUCAGAUGUUGAAAAGUUUCUUAAAUUAUCAUUAGAACGUCUUGGUUUGGAUUAUUUGGAUAUGUAUUUGAUCCACCUGCCAUUUGCCUUUGUAUUAGAUAAAAAUGCAUAUGCUCCUGCAGCUUUAGAAGAUGGUAGUUAUAUACUUGACCUAGACACGGAUCCAGUUUCUGUAUGGAAGGAAAUGGAGAAACAAGUAGCAAAAGGACGUGUUAAAUCUAUAGGUUUAAGUAAUUUUAAUGAAGCACAAAUAUUAGAAGUAUAUAAAAAUGCAAAAAUAAAACCAGCCAACUUACAGGUUGAAUUGCAUGCAUACUUACAACAGAAACCGAUAAGAGAAUUUUGUCAAAAACACAAUAUUGUUGUAACAGCUUACAGCUCAUUAGCAUCACCUGGAGCUAAAGUCGUUUUACAAAGAAUGUAUGAUUAUAGUUUAGAAAAAUUCCCCAAUCUUCUUGAACAUCCUGUUGUACUUGAAAUGGCUAAUAAAUAUAAAAAAACAACAGCACAAGUAUUACUACGACAUCUGGUACAACAAGGAAUUAUAGUUAUUCCAAAAAGUUCUUCACAAGACAGAAUCAAAUCAAAUAUCAAUAUUUUUGAUUUCGUUUUAACAGAAGAAGAUAUGAAUACUUUAAAUGCUUUAGACAAAGGUACAGAUGGCCGAAUAUUCAAUUUUCUGUUUUUAAAAGGGGUUGAAAAGCACCCACUUUAUCCAUUUAAAAAUGAAUUGACAUCAUGAACAAAAGAUUUGUUCUUGUUACAUAAUUUACUAUUAUAUAUAAAAAAUAUAUUAUAUAUAAAAAAUAAAACAGUUAAUUGUAUGGAGAAUUAAACAAAAUGCACAAAAAUGAUUAUACAAUGAAAGCUUUUCUUAUAUUUUAAUAUAA